UAACCGAGGAGAAGGAAAGCACCAACGCGGCAGCAGGGAAGGCAAGGAGGAAUCGAGCGAGUCCACCACCACCGGGGGUUCGCCGUGGCCACAGCUUGUUGCGGCGCUCCGCGGAAUCCAAUCCUCCCUCCCCCACUCCUCCUCCUCCUCCUCCUCCUCACCGGCGCGCGGGUUUAUAAAUAGAUUCCCCCGUCACGAUCGCCCGCCGCUCGGAUCGGAUUCAACUCACCUACCCACCACCCCCUCAAUCCCCCCCACAAGCUCUGCCUACUUCCUACGCCACCCCCGACUUCCAGUUCCCACUCCUCGAGCAAGCUGCCAUGGCGGCCGCCGCGCUGAGGGAGCAGCUCAACGCCCUCCUCUCCUCCAUGUUCGCCUCGGGUCUGGUGGACGACCAGUUCCAGCAGCUGCAGAUGCUGCAGGACGACGGGGGCACGCCGGGCUUCGUCGCCGAGGUCGUCACCCUCUUCUGCGACGACGCCGACCGGAUCAUCUCCGAGCUCGCCGCCCUGCUGGAGCAGCCCGUCGUGGACUUCGAUAAGGUGGACGCCUACGUGCAUCAGCUCAAAGGGAGCAGCGCCAGUGUUGGUGCUCAGAAGGUGAAGUUUACUUGCAUGCAGUUCCGUCAGUUAUGUCAGGAUAAGAACAGAGACGGGUGCAUCAUGGCAUUAGCUGUUGUAAGAAAUGAGUUCUAUGAUCUGCGCAACAAGUUCCAGAAUAUGCUUCAGCUUGAGCAGCAAAUCCAGGCUCAACAAUAAAUUGAAGCAGAAAGAGCGUAGCUGCAUGUGAUCUCACAUGAUUAAUUGUAUCUUUGGAGAUGUAGGCCAUGUUCGUUGUUUGCUGGAUUCCUGCAAUGCGUGUGAAAUCAUUGACAUUGAGGUUUUCACGCUUACAAGACUCUGGCUGUCUAGCGUUGUGUCUACCCUGUUUGUGUUGGAUUGCCAACGUAUGCAAACUUGUACUGGAUGCCUGGUAACUCAGCUAGCGGAUUUCUUUGGCUCUUUGCUUUUGGAAAUCGAUGCUGGUGUAUGUGUAUGUUUCUGAAUCGCAUCUUGCUAUCCGAGUUUGAGCUGUGAAGCCUUGCUGAUUGUGUA